CUCAACUGGAGGUGCAUCAUUGGCCACGCGCAUCUUGAGGUAACACAACUGUGCAUUUAAUUCAUUGCGCGACUGCUGGAGGAGGAGAUGCGCAUCAUAUAUUUGUAUAUCUAACUAACCGCUUCUGUCCCUGUCCACUCGUCUUCUGGACUUCUCUACUGGUCGUAUUCGAUCAGUACAGUGGAUACGCCGGAGCUCUUUGAUUCGUGUACUAAAUUGUGCGGAGCUUUCGGGAAUACGCGGAGCUUCUCCGUACAGCGAGAAGGAAUAAAGCACAUUUUGUAACCCGUCUCCAAAAAGUGUUCGAUUCGGCUGGCAAUGCUUUGGUCCUAAAAGUGAUUGAACGAUAUCGGAAAGAUGGUUAACGACCAAAUUAAGGGGUUCGAGGUGCUUCGGUUCACCCUACCACUGAAUGUGGAGUAAAUACCCACGUCUUUUCUUAUUUUGACUCGGAAUACAGUGAAGUAUCGCAUCGAUUAUACUUCUCGCAUUCAAGGGAAAAAUCAUUCCAUUCACCAGCAAUUGGAUGAGAGUCAUACUUGCCCUUGGCAACUAAAGAUGACGUUACUAUGGAAACCACUUGUGCUGCUAUCAAUCACUGGCUGCCUAGCAGUAUCAUCAGCUCAAGCAGAAGACACAAAGUUUCUUGGUCCAAGUUGGACAACUGAACCUGAAGACCUGAUACUGCCCAUCCAUUCCACUGAACAAGAGGCUGUUCUAUCCUGUAAGGCAUCUGGGAUUCCUUCCCCUCAGUACAGAUGGUCUCUAAAUGGAACGCUCAUUGAUCUUCGUGGUGACGAGAGGCGUCGCCUGUCUGGAGGUAACCUGAUCAUUACUGGCCUGGAUCGGGACCAAGACAGUGGUGUCUACCAGUGCACAGCCUCCAACACCCGGGGAACCAUCCUCAGCCAGAGAGCCACGCUACAAUUUGCUUUUCUGGAAAACUUCAAAAUGCAGACAAGAAGUGCUGUCAAUGUGAGGGAAGGUCAAGGUGUAGUUUUGUUGUGUGGCACACCGUUUCACUCUGGCGAGCUUACCUUCAGCUGGCUCUUCAAGGAGUACCCUCACUUCGUCCAGCAAGACAGUCGCCGCUUUGUAUCCCAGGAGACGGGAAAUCUCUACAUAGCGAAAGUGGAACCGUCCGACGUAGGGAACUAUACCUGUGUAGUUAAUAACAGUAUUACCAAGGAAAGGGUCUUCAGUUCACCCACACCUUUAGUGCUGAGAAAUGACGGGGCGAUGGGAGAGUACGAGCCCAAAAUAGAGCUUCAUUUCCCAGACACCAUCCCAGCUGCGAAAGGAUCCACGCUGAAGCUGGAAUGCUUCGCCUUGGGAAAUCCAGUUCCGAGGAUCAGCUGGAGAAGAACCAGUGACGUUCCGUUCCCGAGCAAGUUCAAAAUAAAUAAUUCUAACGCCAUUCUGGAGAUUCCAAGUUUCCAACAGGAGGACACAGGGACGUACGAGUGCAUAGCAGAAAACAGUCGGGGGAAGAAUGCUGCAAAGGGCCGUGUGUCUUUUCAUGCAACACCUCAAUGGCUGCAGACGAUGACGGAUACAGCCUUGUCCAUAGAGGAGAGUCUGUUUUGGGAGUGUAAAGCCAACGGGAAACCAAAGCCGUCCUACAGCUGGCUGAAGAAUGGAGCAACUCUAAUAUCUGAGGGCCGAGUGCAAAUAGAGAACGGUGCUCUCUCUAUCUCCUUGUUAAACAUUUCGGAUGGUGGGAUGUAUCAGUGUGUGGCGGAGAACAAGCACGGCAUCAUUUAUUCCGGUGCAGAACUGAUGGUGCUCGCCUCUCCUCCCAGUUUCUCACAGAAUCCUUUGAGCCGGGUACUUAAGGCUCGCUCGGGCAGUGACGUUACUCUAGAUUGCAGACCACGUGCCUCGCCCAGGGCCAUUAGCCUGUGGAAGAGGGGGAGUGAGAUAUUGCAGAGAAAUGAAAGGAUUUCUCUCUUACCCAAUGGGACUCUCAAGAUUGCCAACGUAACUAAGCGAGAUGGGGGUAGUUACACAUGCAUCGCUAAAAACCAGUUUGGGACUGCAAGCACGACAGGCAUACUGUUAAUUACCGAACCCACAAGGAUCAGCCAGGGCCCCAGCAGCACAGAGAUCACAGUCGGGGAGAGUGUCGUGCUGCCCUGCCAGGUGACUGCUGAUUCAGCCUUGGAUGUGGCCUUCUCCUGGGCCUUCAACGGUCAGCCCAUUGAUUUCCAUCAAGAUGGGGACCACUUUGAGAGAGUGGGAGGGAGCUUUUCCGGUGACCUUAUGAUUAGAAACAUCCAACUUAAUCAUGGUGGGAAAUAUGUUUGCCUCAUCGAUACAGACGUCGAGAGCCUGUCUGCUAAUGCAAUAUUGGUUGUUAAAGGUCCCCCUAGUCCUCCAGAUUUAGUGGUUGUGGAAGAAGUCACAGACAGCACGGCCCAGCUGUCUUGGAGCCCAGGCCAGGACAAUGGAAGCCCCAUCACUGGGUAUGUCAUCCAGGGCCGGACUCCCUUUACCGUGGGCUGGCAAGCAGUCGACACAGUUCCUGAGGUGAUCAAUGGGAACACUCUGACUGCAACAGUAGUGGGUUUGAAUGCCUGGGUCGAAUAUGAGUUCAGAGUGCUGGCCAGUAACAGUGUUGGGAUGGGAGAGCCCAGUCCACCAUCCACCAAAAUCAGAACAGAGGAUGCUAUGCCUGACACAGCUCCCACUGAUGUCGGAGGUGGAGGAGGAACCAAGUCGGAAUUAGUGAUAACGUGGGAGCCUGUUCCAGAGGAGUUGCAGAAUGGAGAGGGCUUCGGUUACAUCAUCGCUUUCCGCCCUGUGGGCACAGUCACUUGGACCCGCGCUGUGAUCUCAGCGCCUAGUGUCACCCGCUAUGUUUUCCGCAAUGACACCAUACCGCCAUUCUCGCCUUUCAAUGUCAAAGUGGGAGCGUUCAACAACCGUGGAGAAGGACCAUUCAGCUCUAUUGCAACUGUGUUUUCAGCAGAGGAAGUGCCUAGCGUAAGACCAGAGAAUGUGUCGGCAAGAAGUCUGUCCGCAGCUGACAUUGAAGUUACCUGGGAGUCGAUUCUGUCAACCCCUGAAAGAGUGCUCGGAUAUGAGGUGGUGUACUGGGAAGAUGACACCAAGCCGGAUACAGUGGGUAAAGUGAGGAUCACUGGAAACUACACUGCAGUGAACGUUAGCGGCCUGCAGGGGAAUACACAAUAUUAUCUGGCAGUAUGUGCCUUUAAUACUGCAGGAACUGGCCCUCAGUCUGUACCUGUCAAAGUUACCACCAAAAAACCACCACCUGGACAGCCCCCUCAGAAUGUAGAGUGGAAUCUGAUUGGCUCUCAGCUCAUUCUGCAGUGGGAUCCAGUCAUAGCCCUUGAAACGGAAUCUGAGGUCACUGGAUACAUAGUGCUAUACCGAAGACACCGCAAUAAUGACAUGUACUCAGUCAUCACCAACAAAACCUCUGUGGAGUUGACCCUCAACCUGAACGACAACUACGUCAUUCAGAUCAAAACCCUCAGUGAAGGGGGGCUGGGGGAAGGAAGCGAGCCCAUCCACAUCCACCAACUCAGCAUGGGUGCACGAGGAUCCAGAGCGGGAAGGCUUUGUGCACUCUCUUUUUCUCCUCUUCUCAUCUGUGCUCUAUCAACGCUCAGUGCCUCCUGAUGUUUGACUCCCAUGAGCACCAGACCCAGCCACACUCACAAAAACAUGUACACACUUUCUACUCUUCACACCCAAGGCUUCUGUUUCCCGUCACAGUCUGAUCUGAUGGGAUUACCCAACUCCGGCAACAUGUAUGGUAGAGCCGGAUAUUGAAAUGUCACAUGGGAACAUUAGUGAAUUCCAUUAGUAAACAUGGCAGAGCCCUGCAAGAGUCACUGACAUGUUAAGGAUUGUCUAUGAAUUAGCACAUAUGGUCUAUAGUAACAUAACAGUUUGUUUGACACUCUAAAACCAGAAAAAAGAAAAAAAAAAACUUUCACUUUUUGUUCCUUGCAUUUAACGUUUUUUUAUGUAGUGUGCCAAUGUGUGCAUCAUCCAUCUUUUCCUCUGAUCUUUGAGAACAAUCAAUGCCUUAAAUUCAUGUAUGCACCAAAGUAGAUGAUAAAAGUUGUGCAGUUGAGUUGUACUCAAAAAGGACAAGGGCUAAGAAACCAGUGUUGGUUAUAUACUGAUUUUGGAUCCAUUUGUGGCUUCUAUUGUCCUAAGUUCUAACUAAGUAGGGUUUGGGAUAACAAAGCUGAGCAUAGAUUUGUUCUAAUGGGAAUACUCUGCCAUUAGUUUGGAAAUAAGUGUCGCUGUUCCACCUCAAUUACGGAGCCAUCAACUCCAAAGGUUUCUUAUCAGUCUAUCUGAUGGGUAUUAGCAUUUUGUUGUUCGCUUUAUGCUGGUUAAAUUAUUGAUGUUAAGCAUAAAACUGCACAAUUAAGGUUUACUUUUCCUGGGAGCAUUUUCUCUAUAUGUCAACUGGCUGAACCAGUUUCACACAUCAGUUUCCUUUGCUGUUGCCAUUGUGCUGUACCGUGGUGAUCACAACCCAAUUAUGCCUUUCACCAUUUAACAAAUUGCAAAAAAAACCUAAAAAAUAGAAUAUGCUUUAAAAGCUUCGAAGGUUUCUGGCACCUAGAAAAGCAAGCAAUAGAAUGGCACUCCAUUGGAAGUACAAACUCCUAUGCCCACACACUUCUAUUUGUAUGUGUGUGUCUAUGUUACUACCCUGACAAAUGAACUUGCAAAAAAGUUUGACAGAACUAAGUGGCAAGUUACGGAACACUGGAAAUGGGACAUAUAUGAAAGUUUUAUAGCUCUAAUGGCCUUAUAAAAGUUGGAAACAUUGCAAACAAGUACAAGGGUUGAAGCGAGAUAGACAUUGUAAAGUCCCCACCAGUCAUAAUUCAGUUAUUCAGAGUGUUUGCAUAGUGGUUAAAGCUCAUGGCUUGUCACCUGAAAGGCUGCUAGUUUUAUCUCCAUAAAGACCAAGCCAUGACUAAUCACCAUUGUGCCCCUGAGCAAGACACUGAACCCCAAGUUGCUCCAGGGUUAUUGUUCCUAUUUUAAGUUCAUGGCAUUGGUCUAUGGUGAAAUUGCAUAAAAGUUGCAGGAACAAAUUCCAUCACUCCUGGUUGUGUAAUGCUAAAAAUUUUAUUAAAUAUGUCAAUAGAAUUAGGUGCUUGCGAAGCAGAGAUAUUUUUGACCGCUCAUUUAAUGUAUAGGGAUGCUUAAGAUGCAUUUGAGGAUGCUGAAAGUAGUGGUCAUCCAUUAUGUGUUUUACAAUGUCUGAUGCAGACAUAUUUUACACAAUAUUUACUCAAUAUCCACUAAAGAAUUUUGAAAACAGAAAAUGUUUAUCAUCUAUUGACAAGGUUGGUCUAUUUGGAACUACUAAAUGUGUUGAUCAGCCAAGAUUACAGCAUUUUUGCCCAAUACGGAUAAUCUCAAAUAUUGGUCGAUUAAUUGGCCUGGCAGGUAUAUCGGUCUGUCACCAGUGGAAAGUGCCAGUUCGGCUUUGUCAUCUACUGACAAGGUCAGUAAAUUUGGAACUACCAAAUCUGUUAAUCAGCCAGUUGUACUGUGUUAUUGGCCAAUGUUGAUCUUCUCAAAUAUUGGACGAUUAUUUGGCUUGGCCGAUAUAUCAGUUUGUCAAGAGUGGACGAGUGGAGUUUAAAAUCAAGGGAAUACAGUUAAUUGGAUUUCCCCAAAGCAUAGCUGGGCACGCUUCUGUGAAAUCCUCAUUGGUCAACAGAUGUCUACGUCAGAAUGUAUUACAGCAAAAGGUGCCAUUUUCAUAACAUUUUGGUUGCAUGACGAAGCAUCACUUUCACAAAUCUUUGCAUCUCUAUUGAAACAAACCAAUUCGCUGAUGCAGUAUAAACUAAGUGUGCAGAUGCCUACAAUUCACAUUGUCAUGAUGCUCCAAACUUAAUUCUGAAGUACAAACAAUAUUUAAUUUACCAAUAUAGAGACAGGUUGAAUAUAUCUUACAUUUUCUAUGUUAAUUCCCAUCUAAUGCAACUUGAAUUCUGAAUCUCUUAUUUGUACCCUCAAUGAGACUAAAGGCUGAGGCAUUUUGGUGUGACCUUUCUUGCAGAGUUCACUACCAAGGAAUAGUGCCUUCUCUGGACAUGUUUCUGGCUCUGUCUUGGCAGUAUCAGGCUGUAAAGUCCAAAAUUUGCACUUGUUCUUCUCAAAGUCAGAAGACAGCACAAGGUAGUGAACCAAGGUGACACAACCUUCCUGCUAACUCUCCAGAACAGGUGCAGUGCAGCCCAUAAAGGCAUGUUAAAAAAAAAAAAAAAAAAAAAAAAGUUGGCAAGAGAGAUUAAAAAAAGAGGCUGCACAGCCACAAUCAGGAGAGCCUAUCUGUUCUCCUUCAAGCUUUCAUAAAGGUCUGGGCACCUUGAUUAGGCUGCAGUGGCCCAGUCAAUGGGAUAUUGAUUUUUUGGCUCUAUAUUGUGGCUGUCACAAUGCAGACUCUUGAUUGACUGAUGCCAGUGUUCCUGCCAGCCAUCUUGCGUAGAGUUUGCGCUUUGAGUGUCUGAAAUGUCCUUGGCCUCGUCCUCCUCCUCGCCUUCAGUUCUUGGAUGGACUUUAAUGAAUUUUGGCAAACAAUGUUCAGAGAAGAAAACGAAGUUUAUUGGAAAAGAAUGUUUUUUUUGUUUGUUUGUUUGUUUGUUUGUUUGUUUGUUUUUUAUCCUACGUCUAUAUUGUCAAUGCAAGGAAAAAAGAAUUACAUCUCAGGAUAUGCAGAUGUGAGUUUAAGCAUCAUUGAAGUCAACAUGAAAUCAAAAUUGACCCUGUUUACUUUAAUACACAAUCCUGGUAUAUUGUGAAUGAUUUAUCAUGCACAUUAUUCCUAUUUUUAUUUUAUUUUAUUUAUUUUUUUAAAAAGCUUGUCUUCGUAACCUUUCAUCAAAAUACUACAACUUGCUCUAUAGAGGUGGCAAGAUUUGUGACAUCAGCCGAAAAGGAAAGUCAUUUUAGAGGAAAACUUUCCCUUUUGGCUGAUGUCACAAAUUCUCUUAUUUUUCUAUCACCUUUCCCCCAAUCAAUUCCAAUUCCCUGACAAUUCCAAUUCCAAUCAAUUGGAUAAAAUCAAGAUCAACCCAACAUUUUUUUUUCUUUUUUUUUCUCAUUGAAUAUCCUGUUUCACUCAAAAGUAUGUGAUAUUGCGAAUGCCAUUUCAUGUUGACAUGUUGAAGGUAGUUACAGGCAAUUUUUCAUUUAUUUUAUGGUCAGUUGUUUUUAUAGUUCUGUAGUAAAAUUUUCUCUCUUUAAAAUAAUGAAUUAUUAGUAGUCCAUUAUUCGGCACAUUGCUUUCUUUGUUCCUGAUGUUGCAUUUUUUUCCAACCAAGGGAACAAAAAUAGACAAUCGACAUUUGCUAUGUACAAGAACUAUUCCAGAUUACAGAGUUUUACAUUAUUACAGAAUUAGAACUGCUUAUUAAUCACACCCAUUUUCACUUAUAAUAUGUUUUCCUGAAUGUUAAUUUUUCCAUUUCUUGUUUAUACUUCCUACUCUCGGUUUGUUCUAAUGUGUCCCAUCAACCCUCAGUUACAGUAUUUUAGUAAUGAUGCAUAUCACACUGAACAAAUAAUUGUUGUUUAAUAGCAAUGAUUUCUUUAGUACUUCAAAUUGUGCAGUCUAAUUUCCCUAAUUUUGUGUAAACAGUAUAAUCAGUGAAUUUUGUUUCUCCACAUUAUGGUUUCCCUUUUGGGAAAACUUAUGAUAAUCUGUUUAAAAUCUGAACUGUUAAUGUUAAUGGCUGAUGUUAUUGCUAAAAUCCAAUUAUGUUUCUAAGAUACCUUCGUUAGAUGUAUAUAGUGACUAUAUAUUUUUAGAGUCGGCCAACAUUGGUAACCUGAUAUUUUAUACACCUCAUGGCCCUGGGAAUUUAAUACUGAUGUAUUAAUGAAUAAUCUCUGUGAGAUAAUUUGCACAGAACAUGACAUUUUCAUAUUGAAAAGUAACCGUUUUGUCUUGUAUACUAAAACUGUGCAUGUGGAAAAAAUGCAUGUAGAAAAAAUGUUUGGUGCAUAUGUGUUAAAUUUUAUAGUUCUGUUAAAAACUUAAUAAAAAUGUAAAAACGCCUGA